AUGAGGCUAAUGCUACUCUCCUUCCUCGCUGCAUUGGCAGCAGCAGAAAACCAAACCGCCGGUAUCCCCUUCGAGGUCAGAGCCAGAGCCCCAGGGACACCCGUCGACAAUCGCAUGAUGACCGCGUCCAAUCUCACGUUCUUCCUGAAUGGCCAGACAGCCUCCACCUGUCCCCUGGCGUCGGGCUGUCCACCGGGUAACCGUACCGUCCUGAAUGGGGAUGCUAGCUCUUUGGACGUCCUCGUCCCCGGCGGCCAGCAAAUCUUCGUCACCAGCGAUGGUGCCGUCCACUUCACCCCGGCUCACUCGCCUUCUAUUCCCCCCGGCGCGUCUACGGGUCCCUUCUUCCAGGCCGGCGGGGCCUGGCAUUUUACAGGCCUGGGGGCGCGUGACUUCAUGGCUUGUCCCACGACGGACCGGAGGUGGAGGGUGUUUGCGGCGUUGCGGAAUGCGACUGUGCCGGCGGGUAAUGUUACUGCUUGUGUGCGGUUCGUGGCGACGGUUAUCCCAUUCAUGUCGUCGCAGCCUGGUGCUUUCCAGUAUACUUGA